CUCCUCUCCUCUUCUUUUCUCUCUCUCUCUCUAGAGCUUUAUCUGCUCAAAAACAAAAAGACAAGAAAAAAGAGAGAAGAGAUCAUCAAAGAAGAAAGAUCAAAGAUGGUUUUUUCUUCAUUCCCCACUUAUUCUGAUUCAUCAAACUUGCAACAACAACAUCAACCAAUCACAACCACCGUUGGAUUCACGGGAAACAACAACAUCAGCCAGCAAUUCCUCCCUCACCAUCCCCUCCCACCGCAACCGCAACCACAACAAACGCCUCCACCACCUCACCACAACGGUAACGGUGGAGGAGGUGGUGGUCCCGGUGGACCUGGUGGACUAAUCCGGCCAGGUUCGAUGGCGGAAAGGGCAAGGCUAGCCAACAUACCACUGCCUGAAACAGCCUUAAAAUGUCCAAGAUGUGACUCAACUAACACCAAAUUCUGUUACUUCAACAACUACAAUCUCACUCAGCCUCGCCACUUUUGCAAAGCCUGCCGCCGUUACUGGACACGUGGAGGCGCUCUAAGGAGCGUUCCUGUUGGUGGUGGUUGCCGUAGAAACAAAAGAACCAAAAACAGCGGCGGUAGCAGCAGUAGUGGUAACAGUAAGUCACAAGAUAGCACCACAAGCAAUGACCAAUACCAACACCGAGCCAUGGCUAAUAAUCAGAUGGGACCACCUUCUUCCUCGAGUUCUCUGAGCUCGUUGCUAUCUUCUUACAACGCUGGAUUGAUCCCCGGACAUGAUCAUAACAACAAUAACAACAACAUACUUGGACUUGGAUCAUCUUCGUCUCCUCUUAAGCUCAUGCAUCCUUUAGACUUCACAGACAACUUCACCUUACAGUACGGCGCCGUGUCAGCUCCUUCUUAUCAUACAGGCGGUGGAAGCAGCGGCGGAAACGGUGGUGGAGGAACUUCGGCUAUGUUGACCAGUUUGGACCAGUGGAGGUUCCCGGCAACACAUCACCAACUUCCUUCGGUAGGUGGUUUAGUCAAUUCUUCAUCUUCCAGGUUAUACCCGUUUGAUCAUCAAAAUCAAACGGGUGUGGAGCAGCAGAACCCCGGUUACGGAUUCGUCAUCGGGUCGGGUCAGUACUUAGCUAAGAACAUCUUCCAUAACCUUGUUUCCUCAUCUUCUUCUGCUUCAUCAGCUAUGGUUACAGCCACCACGUCGCAAUUAGCUUCAGUGAAAAUGGAAGAUAGUAACAAUCAACUCAACAUGUCUAGACAACUUUUUGGAAAUGAACAAGAGCUUUGGAACAUUCAUGGGACUGCAGCAUCAACAGCAGCGGCAACAACUAGUUCGUGGAGUGAUGUCUCUAAUAAUUUCAGUUCUUCUUCUACUAGCAAUAUAUAAUCAGACAUCACUCCGAGGAUCUAAUCUGUCUGAUGGCAAUACUUUUAUUAAUUUCUUAUUGGUGUGGUAUGAUCUUAUGUACUUAGUUGGAAGUUAGUACAUCGAUCGAUCUUGUAGGUUUCGUUUUGUUUUAUUAUAUUAUAUUGCAACUACUAGUUUUGGGGUUUUACUUCUUCUUUUUUUGUUUUCUUGGAUUCUCUUGGUUGUUUUUCAGAUUUAAAUUUAGGGUUUCUUCUGUUACAAAAUAUUAUUUUUCAUUUAGUAUGGUGGUUUGAUGAGUUAAGA